AAAAGGACAGAAAAUCUAAAAAGUCAACCUGGAAGUUUUGCCUUGACUUGACCCAUCCUGUGGAAGAUGGAAUUUUUGAUUCUGGGAACUUUGGUCCCUUCCCUAGUUCACACCUAGGGUGCCCUUCCCUAGUGUUCUGUUUGUUUAAUGUCGAAACAGGAACAGUUCCUGAAGGAGAAGGUUAAGGUCAACGGAAAAACUGGGAACUUGGGCAACACUGUUCACAUUGAACGUCUGAAGAACAAGAUCACCGUGACGUCGGAGAAGCAGUUUUCUAAAAGGUACCUAAAAUACCUCACGAAGAAGUACCUCAAGAAGAACAAUCUGCGUGACUGGCUUCGUGUCGUUGCGUCUGACAAGGAGACGUACGAACUACGCUACUUCCAGAUCAGUCAGGAUGAAGAAGGGUCAGAGUCUGAGGAAUAAUUGAAGCUUGGCUUGGUGCUCAGUGCAGCAUACAAAAGACUAGAACAUCUAUUUAUAACAACACUUAACUUAUUGGUGAAUAAAGAUUUU